AAAUGUACUUGUAUCUUUGUUUUUCCUUCUGAACUUGGCUCUGUACAUUAAAAUGAAGGAUCGUGUUGCGGAGAACAAGAACAAUGAUAAAAAUGAGAAAUCAAUAGAAACACCAAUGUCUCUUCCUUCCAAGCUUGAAAGGAACCUUUCUCUCGAUGAUGAACCCAAAACGUUACUUCAGCAUGAAUUAAACUUAGCUCGGGAGGAAGCCCUUAAAAUCAUCAAAACUCACUCAAAAGAAGAAGCUCAGAAAAUAUUCUUAAAGGGGUUGGUACCAGCGACAAGCUCAAAGCAUGCAAAAGAGUAUGAUGUUGUGUCAGGCGGUGAUGCUGAAUGAAGUUUGGGUUGGAGUUAAAUCUAAAUAAGGAAGAGUACCUUAUUUAUUAAAAAAAAAAAAAAACUUGGCUUUCGUAUGAAACGUUGGUUAGCACCUUCG